AUGCGGUGGCAGGCACUUAGAAGAUUCGGUCAAAAGCUGUUGCGUAGACGCGUGUUGGAGCCAGGCAUGGGCGAGACCCGCCUUGCCAGAUGCCUAAGCACCCUCGACUUAGUGGCCCUGGGUGUGGGCAGCACAUUGGGGGCAGGUGUGUAUGUCCUGGCUGGUGAGGUGGCCAAAGAUAAAGCGGGGCCAUCCAUUGUGGUCUGCUUUUUGGUGGCUGCUCUUUCUUCUGUGUUGGCUGGACUGUGCUAUGCCGAGUUUGGUGCCCGGGUCCCCCGCUCUGGUUCUGCAUAUCUCUACAGUUACGUCACUGUAGGUGAACUCUGGGCCUUCACCACCGGCUGGAACCUCAUUCUCUCCUACGUCAUUGGUACAGCCAGUGUGGCCCGGGCUUGGAGCUCUGCUUUUGACAAUCUGAUUGGGAACCACAUCUCUGAGGCUCUGAAGGGGACCAUCUCACUGCAUGUACCCCAUGUUCUCGCAGAAUAUCCAGAUUUCUUUGCUAUGGGCCUUGUGUUGCUGCUCACUGGAUUGUUGGCCCUGGGGGCGAGUGAAUCAGCCCUGGUUACCAAAGUGUUCACAGGGGCGAACCUCUUGGUUCUCGGGUUUGUCUUCAUCUCUGGCUUCAUUAAGGGAGACCUGAAGAACUGGAAGCUCACAGAAGAGGACUAUUGCUUGACCAUGAGUGGACCCAAUGACACUUGUAGCUUCGAGUCUAUGGGCUCUGGAGGUUUCAUGCCUUUUGGCAUGGAAGGGAUUCUUCGUGGCGCUGCUACCUGUUUCUAUGCCUUCGUUGGUUUUGACUGUAUUGCGACCACCGGGGAAGAGGCUCAGAAUCCACAGUACUCCAUCCCUAUGGGUAUCGUGGUCUCACUGUCUGUCUGCUUCAUGGCUUAUUUUGGUGUGUCUUCGGCACUUACCCUCAUGAUGCCUUACUACCAGCUUCUGCCGGAGAGCCCUUUGCCUGAGGCAUUUUCCUAUGUUGGCUGGGAUCCUGCCAGCUACCUUGUGGCUAUUGGCUCCCUCUGUGCUCUCUCCACUAGCCUUUUGGGCUCUAUGUUUCCCAUGCCUCGGGUGAUCUAUGCGAUGGCUGAAGAUGGGCUCCUGUUCCGUGUCCUUGCUAGGGUACACAGUGGCACACACACCCCCAUUGUGGCCACUGUGGUGUCUGGCGUUAUCGCAGCAUUCAUGGCCUUCCUCUUUGAGCUCGCUGAUCUUGUGGACCUCAUGUCCAUUGGGACUCUGCUCGCUUACUCCCUGGUUUCCAUCUGUGUUCUCAUUCUCAGAUAUCAGCCUGACCAGGAAAUGAAGAAUGAUGAAGAGGAAGUGGAAUUGCAGGAGGAGAAGACACUUGAAAUGGAGAAGCUGACUGUCGAGGCCCUGUUUCAUCCAGUCAGCUCCAUCCCCACCCUCCUUUCUGGCCAAGUUGUCUAUGUUUGCUCCUCACUGCUUGCUGUACUACUGACUGUUCUUUGCCUGGUGCUGACACGGUGGACAACUCCACUUAGUUCUCGAGACCCAGUGUGGGUCACAGUGAUUGUGUUGAUCCUGGGGCUCAUUCUUGGAAUUGUUGGAGUUAUCUGGAAACAGCCACAGAGCAACACUCCCCUUCACUUUAAGGUGCCUGGUCUGCCUCUGCUCCCACUGGUGAGCAUCUUUGUGAAUGUUUACCUGAUGAUGCAAAUGACAGCUGGCACUUGGGCCCGAUUUGGGAUCUGGAUGCUGAUUGGAUUUGCUAUCUACUUUGGCUAUGGGAUCCAGCACAGUGUGGAAGAAGUUAAGAAUCAUCAAACCCUACCCAAACCAAGGACCCGGACUAUAGACCUUGAUCUCACUGCUUCCUGUGUUCACACCCACACCGUUUGA